AUGUCCACUGCGCUUAAGCCAAUUGCCGGAGAUUGGGAACUGCAAGAAACAGCAAGUAUCAAGAUAAAUGAAAAUAUAACUAUAAAGCAUAAAACAGGACAUGGAAUAAGAUAUAAAGAAAAUAUUUUUAAACACAAGUGCAAUAAAGCACUUAAAAAUAAGUUAAAAAAGUAUAAGUUGAGAAGAGAUGGCAAAGAAGAUCCAGAUGUCAUAAAUGUGUCACACAUAUUUCAGACUACUUUAAAACUAAAAUCACCUACUAUCAAUAAUAAUGAAGAACUAAAUAUCUAUGAUUUAGAGAGACCAAAGAAUUACCUGUUCAAAAUGGUGAGACGAAAGAAAGAGGUUGACAAUGUCAAGUCCAUUAAAACACUAUUUAAAGAGCUACCAGAGAAAAAUAUACCUAUUGUCAUCCCAGAUGUAUCUGCAGACGUUACUGAAAAGGAAAAACAGUCUCCUAACAGUCAAGAUAAAAAACAUACCAAUGCUUUCAAGCUGAUGAUGGAAUCUAGAAAUAAAAGUAUUGGAGGUAAUUCACCUGGCAAAGAAAAACCAAUAGAUGAAGCUGAAGAACAAUUAAAAAUAGAAGAGAAAAGCACUAAAGCUAAGAGACUUUUAGUAUUACAAAGAAUGGCUGAAAAAAAAGGAUCACUCAAGAAAAAGGAAAAAGAAGAACUGCUGGAAGAAGCUAUCAAAAGAAAAAUGGAUAAGAGAGCAGAAAGAUUGACUAAUAUGAUAGUUAAUAAUGGCAGUAAGAAGGCGAAACCCAAAAAAGUACAUUCACAGUUAGUAACAAAGGUGACAGACACUAAAUUGCCUAAAGUUGAUAAUACAAAAGUGAUAACUGAAAAACAAGAAAUAACCAAGAAGGGAAAUGGCGCACUUCAUUUAAUUAAUAUUUUCGACGAGCCAACAAGUGAGUCAAAUAUUGCAAAUGGUUUAAAAGAAAAACUUGUACCCAAAGAAGAUUUGGAAUUUUUCAAGAAGCUAUCACCAUCAAUUAAAAAGAAGGAAAACAUGCUUUGUUAUUUUAAAAAGAUUGAAAAAGACUCUGAUUCUUCACCACAAGUCACUGACAACAAUGAAAUGAGUCCUAUAAUAAAAGUCAAGUUUGGGGCCAGAAACAAGAAAAAACUAAAAAAGAAGAAGUUAAGUUUAAAUGAUAAAACACUUGAAAUAGAAGAGAAGAAUACUAUCACUGUAGUCACAGAUGUAGAGCAAUGUAGUACACCCACCAAAGCUACAAAUGGAGAAGUUGUAACUGAUAUGCCUGAAGAACAUAAAACCGAGUCAGUAGUAACUAAUACUCCUAAAGAAAGUAAAAAUGAGUCUAGAAAACGAAAGCGCGAGCAACUUUCUAAAGAAGAAAAUAGUCAGAUAGUUAAAAACACUGAAUGUUUGAAUCAAUCUUUAGAAGAAAAUGAAACUAAAAAUGGAAGGCCGAAGCGAAAUGUUAAAAAACCCAUACAAUACAAAGAUGAUUUUAUACUUUCUAGCUCAGAUGAAGAAUAUAAUAUAUUUACUCCAAAAAAGAAAAAGCAUAGUGAUAAAAAAUCUGAUACUCCGAAAUCGAUAAAAGAGUCUAAAUCGAAAACUAAUGAUGAAGUAACAAAAAUGAAGCCAAACAAUAAAGACAAUAAAAAACCUGCUAAAAAUAUUGAUGCUAAUAAGAAUACCAAUGUUAAGUUGGCUCCUAUAUUCGCACCUAAACCACAGUUAGAUCCAGCUGCUUUAGAAGCAAAACAGAAGUUUCUUCAGAGUGGGGUGCCAGAAAAAUUAAAGAAAAUCGCUAAGCAACUCAAACAAGUAGAGACAGACAGUAAUUGUUUUCCCACAGUUGUCCAUGUACAGCAAAUAGAUGACUCUGAGAACGAUGUAUCAAGCAAACUAAUUAUUGAUUCAUUCAGAUGUGAGUCACCUGAUGUGAGCCCAGUGAAAUGUUGUGAUAAAAUAUUUCAGGCAAUAUUGAGCCCUGAAAAAAAAUCAAAAAAUUCACAAAUUGCCCAACCAGACAAUAAUGUGCGGAAAGUUUUGCAGAAUAUAAAACUAUCAUAUCCCAAAUUUCCAGUUUACCGUACAUAUCAAUAUUUGAAAGAAAAAAGUAAAGGAGAGUUUGUGGAAUGCAAUAGCUUUCCCGAAUUUGAUAAUAGUGUAGAAAUAAUGAAUAACACUAUUGAAAAUAAUAAAGUUCAAGCGGAUAAAUUGAAUUGGACAGACAAAUAUAAGCCAAUGGUAACUAGUCAAAUAAUUGGGAACUUUGAAACCACAAAAGAGCUAAAAAAAUGGCUUGAGUCUUGGUCUUCAAAUGACGACAAACGAAAAAUGAAUGGUGCUGACUCUGACUCGUCUGAUUUCUACCAUUCGGAUACAGACAGCAGAGAUAGUGUAAAGCCCAUUGAUAACCUUCUUAUUUUGAAUGGCCCAACUGGUUGUGGUAAAACAUCCUGUGUCUAUGCGGUUGCUGCAGAUCUAGCCAUCAAAGUUAUUGAAGUGAAUGCCAGUAGUAAGAGAAACGGCAAAAUAAUGUUACAGGAUUUGCAAGAGGCUACCCAGUCCCACAAAGUCAACAGAGGAAAAAGUACUAGCGCCGAAAAUUCUCAAAAAUCGCAGGAGAUAGUUGAAGUUGAUUUGACUAUAAAAAAGAAACGAGGAAGGCCUACAAAAGCUAAAGCUAAAGAAGUUGUAUUAGCUAAACAAAAAAGUGAUCCAGGCAGUCAAUCAACUAAUAGCCAAGAGAAUACAAGAACUGGGAUGUCACUGAUUUUGAUUGAUGAUGCCGACAUUGUGUUCGAUCAAGACGACGGCUUUUGCUCUGCUAUUAGUCAAUUAGUACAAUAUUCAAAACGACCAGUUAUAUUGGUUACAAGUUCCUUAGUUUGUCCGCAUCUACAAAGAUUUUUGCAGAUUGCAAAAAUUAUGACUAUGAAGCCACUCUUACCUAGAAUGCUUGGCACAUGGUUGGACAUACUGUGCUUAGCAGAUAGUGGAACUUGUUGGCCAGGCCUAGGGUCAGUCUUAUUAGACUUGUAUAAAGGAGAUAUUAGGAAAACUAUAAAUUGCCUUCAGUUCUAUGCCACUACCCACACACAAGGGACUAGCCAAAUGGAAGAAAAUUCGCAAAAUAUAGAAGCCUUAUGUGAUGAAACAUCUAGUAUGUCUUGGGCUGGCUCAGAAAACCAAGAAGAACGUAACUUGACAUGCGAAAGUGUACAGUUGGGAGACACACUGUGGAAAUAUUUUAUGGAAAGACAGUCGCAAUUGCUUCACAUCCGGUUUCCUUCAGACUUGUGGCAUGUAUGGUGGAAUAUACCAAGCUUUUUCAUGACUACUCAAAAAGAAACAGAUGAAAAUAAUAAACAUGAACAAACCCGUAAACUAGAAGAAGUAGCAAGUAUUAUUGACAACAUAUCUGCAGCAGAUUAUUUUGGACGUCUAAGGCCAGACGCAAAGACGAAUAUUUGUUCACAACCGUGGUACUCGUCUGAAUGUGAUAGUUCUUCAGAAUUUGAAAAUUUCAACUAUUACAAUAAAAGCUAUGAUGUUGCUGAUGACAUAUCGAAAACGCUUGUAGUCAGAUCGAUUUGCAACACCCAGAAGUGCUUGCAAUACAAUGAGGAGUUGUAUGUGAGACCAACUAGUAUGGCAGUGCAAAGGGAUAGAGACAGAAUAGUUAAGCGGCACGACAGUAUAUCAACUCAUCUCAGCCCAGGUGCAACAUUGGACAGGAGAGCCCUCGCAUUAGACUACUGGCCGUCCUGCCGGGCCAUAUGCAGGUUUGAAAAAGAGAAAACUGAUACUCACUCUAAAAGAAACAAUCGGUUUUGUCACUACCUCAGAUCUCUUAAAAUUAUGUGCAAGAAUGACGUGUUCGAUAAACUCGGCGAAAGCUUAGAUGUGAAAGAAGAUGAUUCGAAGUAGACUGGUAGGAACAGUAUCUUUGAAGCGUAUUUUUAAAUAGAUGUAUUAUGUAAAACGAUUAGGUUCUCAGCUUCAUACACAUUUGUAUUCAUCUAUUGGCUUAGCAUACUACCUCUUCUGACUACAGUAGCCAUCAGAUACGUCGGAGUGGCCAAGAAUAUCAUAUAUGUCUGAACACGCCUCUAGUGUCAAGGGUGCCUUUCCACCAGAGAUGCGCUGCGUGGCGUGGAUGUGUUUUAUCCACCAAUCAUGCCCAUUGUUCCACAAAUGGGAACGGGUUCGACUAAGCUGAUUGGUGGAUAUCAGACGCAUCCAUAGCAACGUAGCGUAGCACAUCUCUUAGUGUGUUCAGCAUAUUUUUUUUGAGCACCUCCACAUCUCCGAUAUGGCGAAGGUACAUGUUGAGAUUUGAUCAUUUGACGACCAUUUCUCGAAGCUACAAGUUACCAUUUACAUGCGGUUGUCAAUGUCUAAUAUGACAAGUUGGAAAGAGACUUCCGCUUGUAACUUGUAACUUUGAGUUUUGAGAAAUGGGCUUCUGCAAGUGAAGCCUGAUCUACCACAAACCACGUUUGACGUAUUUACUCUUAAGUCGUACGGACGUUGGACGUACAACGUGGUUUUGGUAGGUCCUGUUUCAUAGUGUCAAAGGGGGAUCCAGCAUUGUAAACAAUGCACUCAGUGGUGCGCCGCUAUGGGCACAGAUAUAUUUAUUUCCAUGAGGAGUACUUUACAAACUAAAAGGUACUGUAAUAACUCGAAAGUGGUCAUAGUAGGUACAUAAAUUUUAUUGGCACGUAUUUAACCGGGCGACUAAAUAACCAUAGAAAUGGGUAUCAAAUAUAAUAGUUUGGCGACUAAAAUGGGGCCUCAAAUUAUUUCAAUAUGAGGUAGC